GACGUCACUUCCACAAAUUUCCGCCAUUUUGGAAGCACGUUGUGCGGGAUCUCGUCUGAAUUUCGUAGAUUUCUUCAAAAUUUACAUCAUCAGAUGGGAGUAAAGGAUGCCGCAAAAAAUAUUCAUCGGUAACCUGAGUGGAAACACCGAAGCAUACGAUAUUCGUGUCCUCUUCGAAAAGUAUGGUGAAGUGAGCGAAUGCGACGUUCUAAAGAACUAUGGCUUUGUGCACAUGUCCAAUGAGCCCCAUGCCCGUCUUGCAAUAACGGAACUAGAUGGAACAACGGUUAAGGGUAACCGUAUCCGUGUAGAGCUGUCCACUGGUACCUCAAAAGGAGGGCGAGGGGGUUUUGGAGGUGACCGAGGCCGCGGCAGAGGGCGUGGUGGAGGUGGUCCUAUGAGAGGACGUGGAGGAGGAGGAGGAAGUAGAGGUAGAGGAGGAUCAGACAGAUAUCCUAGUGACAGCCGUCCCCCACCACCUCCAGAAUAUGAUCCAUAUUACAGAAGGCCAGCACCCUAUGACUAUUAUGAUAGGCCGUAUGGUGCUGAGCGACCACGAUCAGAUGAUCGACGUCCACCACCCCCUCCUGAGGAUCGCUAUCUGAGGGAUAGAUAUCACCCUUAUGACAGAAGGCCACCACCCCCUGACCCCUAUGACAGGCCAUAUGAGCGACCCAGGGCCCCUCCAUCUGACCCCUACAGGAGGCCGCCACCAGAUUACUAUAGUAGACCCAGGUACCCACAAGAUGACCCGUAUUACCCAGAGGCGAGGUACCGGUAUGAUGAUCCUUAUUACCGUGAAGCCAGAUAUGCCCCUGAGGAGCGUGCAGAGGCCCCCCCUUCCCUCCCCCCUAGGGGCAGUGACUACUAUAAUGGUUACCAAGCUGAUUAUGAAAAUGGACACGAAUCUUCUUCCGCAUCUGCACAGAGUUAUUAUGAUCGUUUUUACAAAACUCCACCAGCACGACCAGGUUACCCAAAACAGGCAGCUAAACCUGGACAGCAGAAAGAUGACGACCAGAGUUUUCUUCAAACAGAACCAAUUUUCUUUUGACCUCUCAUUUAACAGCAUUCAUUUGUCAUGACAUGCACUAACUUUUAUCCCACCUCCGGAAAAAAUAUAUCAACAGACUUAGUGGAGGAUAACUGGCAGGAAUUCACUUCAUUGUGGAAAGACGGAAGAUGGUACAGAAAUAAGGAAUGUCAUGUUGAAAGAGGGCAAUAUUUUUUUUUUUAUGUAAAAUUAAUGAAGCGUUUUACACAUUUAUAUAUUAUUAGUAAAGGUGUGUUUUCACAUGAUUUAAUUCAUGUUAUAUAAAAUUAGUGAGUUUUUGUGCUAUUUUUUCUUUCUACAAUUUUUUUUUUUUUAUUAGAUUAUGACAGCAGCUGAUUGUUGUAUUUAUAUAGCAAUUAGCCCAUUACCUUGCUAGUCUAAUAGUAAAGAUUGAAAACAAGGCUAGCAAACUCAGUCAAAUUGUGAUUUUGCAUGGCAAGAUUUGGUAAUUAAAGACAUGCCUCACUUGUGUAGCCCAAAAAGUUUUUAUGUCAAAAGACUUUGUAAAUGUGGUAAAUUUAAUCUGUGUGUGUAAGAUGAUAUUGUCUCCGAGUAGUGAUGUCCUUCAUUAUUAAAUAUGAAGUUCUUUAGUAAUCCGGUUAAGCCCGCCGUUAUGUAUAUACAGGACUUUUAAUUAAGCCUCCAUUACGUAUGUAGGGUUUUUAAUUCUGUUACAUAUGUGUAGGUUUUAAUCGAGUUAUGUCCUCCACUUUGUGCGACUUUUCCUUGUGUGAGGAUUACAGUAGUGCAAGUCUCCAUAUCACGCAUCAUUUGUGUAGCCUAAGGAGAUUGUUGUUUGAAGAUGUGAAAGGGUGUAUGUGUGUAUAGUUUUAUGAAAUUCGAACAACUGGUUUAACAAGAUGUGUGCACUAGAAUGGUUGUCCUAGCAGAAAUCUCAGUCAGUUCCACUAAAUGAUGUUAAGAUAUUUUGUGUCUAUUCUAUUGGGUGAUCAGGGUGUUUGACAAUCAUGCAUGAAAUUCAUUAAGUCCCUGAAAAUGAGAAUUAAGAAGAUGAAAGGCUUUCCUUUGAGGCACCACUUUGUGGAGGAAGUUGUCCUAUUGAAUGUGAUGUAAAUCACACAGCAAAUGUCCCAGAUCUGUUGUUCAUCUUUGUUGAACAUCAGAGAUACUCGUUAUGUGUAGGGAUUUAAUAUCUGUCAUGUUCGCGUAGGAUAUUAUAUAAAAGCUUUACUUUCUAUGAUCAACUGUCAAAAAUUUGUAUGACUUCUUAUCUGAUAACUUUCUGCUUGGACAACCAAUAAAAGUUUUUCCUUGUAAAAAUAAAAAUGCUGUUGUGUCUUGAGUGUUAUAUGUUGUAAGUUUGAUUCAGACUUGGAUACAUUUUUGGAAUAAGCUAAAAAGCCUGCAAACUUAUCACAUUGAGUGCCUAGAUGCACAUUUAAUACUCCAUAUUAACAGUUUGAUCUUUGUUAAUGCGAUGGAAAUAAUUAAGUUUCAGGCAUAAUUGCUUAAGAAUUAAGAUCUGUUAACAUUUUAAAAACAAUAUUUUCCAGUUGAUUUCCUGUACAGAUGUAAAUUUAGCAUGACAUUAAGUAAGUUACUAAGUUUGAAACAUCUUCACAAACAUAUCAAUCAAGCCAGAAGCUUUUGUUGGUUAAGAUAAAGUAUUUAGUCCUAUUCAUGGUGAUUAUGUACAAGUAUUAUGAUGCAACACUCAUGACUGAAAAUGCUCUACACAAUUAGAAUUGUCACGGCCAGUUCAUCCUUAAAGGAAGGAAGGUUGUGUUAUAAAAAUACCAGAAUGUUUUUCCUUUCCUAAGUGUGUUUUAGAUGUUGCUGUAUAUGAUGUACCCCUGUUUAUGUACUUUAUGUACAUAGCUGCUGUUGUGUUGUUUAUUUACAAAGUCAUUUAUAUGUCAAUAAUUGAAAUUAUGUUUGAUGUAAGAAAUCGCAUAUCGUAACAAAUUUGUACACAUUAUUGAGUUCUUCCAGUUUUUGUUCUUUGGAUCUGAAGAGGGCUGUCAACCUCUUGAGGUCCAUCAUUUAGGGGCAGACAUAUUGGACCCAGACUUAAAGGGACAGGCAGCAGGGUCUCACCACUUCAUGGUGUGUCCAUGCUUGCUUAGAAAAUGGGCAAUUAGCUUGAAGGGUCCAUUUUAACCUCCGGCCUAGAUACAGUUAAUCAUCAGUGUAGACUUGAGUAUGAAAGGGUCUCGGAGUAAACUUGUAACUGUAGGGUAGGGUAGGGAAAGGGGGCAGUGACAGAUAGGGGCCAGGUCUGAAGUAUCACGGAGGGGACAAAGUGACAAGAUUGAGUGUUUAAGUACAUUUACCUUAUUGCAGGUUAAUUUAGUGGGUUGUAGGAUUCACUGUUGUUACAUUGGUCUCAACUCUUCGCCAUUGUGAAUAUGGAUAAUGUAUGUGAAUGUAUAUAUUCAAAUGUACAAGCAAUGACUAAAUCUGUCAAAAUAACCAGUCAUAGGGUGUUAUAUUUCACGUAGGAAACAUUGAUCUUCUUGUUUUUCAUCUCUUUCAUCAUUUUCAAAAAUCAUGCGAGUACCUUGUAAAAUAAAUGUUUUGUAAAAAAAAA